AUGGCUGAUAGAUACUCCUUCUCUCUUACCACCUUCUCGCCCAGUGGCAAGCUGGUGCAGAUCGAAUAUGCCUUGAACGCGGUCAACCAGGGCGUUACAGCGCUGGGCAUCAAAGCCACGAACGGUAUCGUCCUCGCCACCGAGAAGAAGUCCUCCUCGCCCCUCGCCGACCCUUCCUCACUGUCCAAGAUCAGCCUCGUCACCCCCAACAUCGGCAUGGUCUACUCGGGCAUGGGUCCUGACUACAGAGUUCUUGUCGACAAGGCGCGGAAGGUCUCACACACCGACUACAAGCGCAUCUACAACGAGUACCCUCCCACGAGGAUAUUGGUGCAGGAUGUCGCGCGGGUCAUGCAGGAGGCCACCCAAUCAGGAGGUGUGCGGCCGUACGGUGUGUCCCUGCUGAUCGCGGGAUGGGACGAGGGCGUCCUGCCCGAGGAGGAGGUGGAGAAGGCGGCCAAGUCGAUCGAGGGCGAGGGCGGAGAGAAGAAGAUCUCUGGCAAGACUGGAGGUAUCCUCAAGGGAGGCCCAAUGCUGUACCAGGUCGAUCCAUCAGGCAGUUACUUCCCCUGGAAGGCGACAGCCAUCGGCAAGAGUGCGACCUCAGCGAAGACGUUCCUCGAGAAGCGGUACACGGAGGGCUUGGAGUUGGAGGAUGCAGUGCACAUUGCGCUGCUGACGCUCAAGGAGACGAUCGAGGGUGAGAUGAACGGAGAUACAAUCGAGAUUGGAAUCGUUGGGCCACCAGCAGACCAUCUUCUUGGAGUGGAGGGUGUUGAGGGCGCAAAGGGCCCUCGUUUCCGAAAACUGAGUCCUCAGGAGAUUGAGGACUACCUUACGAACCUAUGA